AUCUUAUUUUUCCGAUUUCCUUUGAACGAAAAACGAUUAGCGGCUCGCUUUUCCUUGAGUUUUGCUCGUUAUUUAGGUCCGAUGUUUAGGAAGUCAUGCUCCUAGCAUGACUGCUUCGAAUCCCAUGCUUCAUGGCUCAGACUUGGACGAAUGCUGCUCGAAUGUGUUUGCACUGGUAAGCCAUAAUUCUUCGUUCGAUUUAUGAGGGUUCUAUUUUUGCCUGUCACAUGUUACAGUGUUUUGUGAGGUUGUAAGUCGCUCUAAAGGCGUGUGAAUAUUUAUUUGCCAAUUACUAGGAAGAUGCCUUGUUGCUUUAGUGCAAUUAGAUGAUCUAGAGUUAGGAAUCUGAGGUUAACGUAACGGAAAAAAAACAAUUCGCGGGUGUGUUGUAGAGUUAGUUGCAUGUCGUAAUGAACAUGUCCUCUAUUUAACAAACGGUGGAAUUAAUUCAUUCUAAAUAUUCUCCUUAAUUGCCUGCAGUACGUUGAAUUCCCUGCCUUGUGAGUGUUGCAUCGGAAAUGAUGAACCCUGCUUGGCUUAAAGCAAAAAAUGUGCACCAUUUCCAAGCUGACAAAUACUCAGGAAGCCGUAUACACGGCCCAUUCGAACUUGAAUUAGUUCGGUGGUAGUGGUUCUGAAGAGUAACAAGAUGAUUUUACAAACACAACAUGCUCUGGCGCUUUGCAUUCGUUUACACGAAUAAUUCAGGGAUUCCUUUUGUUUGUCUUCAAAGGGGAAUCGUUUCUGUUAGGAAGCGCUUCGUCGUGUGUAUACAAAACGAGGCAAGCGAUUAUCUCUUGCCGUCCGCUCGUCUGCUGACAUAUUUUUCGCGACAAUACGUGCAUGCUUGUGCGGAUUUGUUUCCCCAAGUCGUAAAUAAAUCUCUAAUGUGUAUGUAGUUUGCUCGAAGCUUAAAAAGUGUACUUUGCUUUUAAUGCCAUUUUUAUAGGUGGAUUGACGGAUUUCUUUAAUUCCCAACCGAAAUAUCCAAUGCUUAUAUGUAUUUUACCUGCAAAGCUUAGCCGUCGGGCAAUAUUUUUCCGUAAGAGGGCCGAUUUUAAGUAUUGUAUUUAAUUUCGUCGCAUGGAUAGCAAUUGUGCCAGAAGAUUGAUUUUACUAUACCGUGGCGAUAAGUAUCAUAGUAUCUAUUUUUCAUCAAGGUUAAAAUCAGCCAGAAAAUACCAGUGCACUGGGCUAUUUUCAUCAGUAACAUAUUUGUUGAUUGCGUUUUGCCGUCCGCGGUGUCAAAUUUGGAACCCUCUAACUCUUCAACGAGCAAAACCGACACUCUGAAUAAUUAAUCAGAUGACUGGGUUUUUAUUGAGAAAGAAUUGAUCUUUGCUUGUUUACUCCUUAGUAAAUGUACCAUGUAAGCAAAGCAACUACCUCAACGACACUUCCAAUUUGAUUAUCCGACUAUUUUCGCUCAUCGCCUAAUUCGAGGAUGAAACAUUUGUCACGGUUUUCCUCUUGUGCGUUAAUUAAUUUUUAUGCAAGGUGUACUGUAGAAUGAUAAUUAUGUGUAACUACAAAGGCGCAGUGUAGCCGGAAAUUUUACCCUUUUUAUCGUGUCUGAAGGGAUUAGAUGUUUGAAGCAACUUUCUUCAUCACGAAGGCUGUUGUUAUUUUCAAAGUGCAAUGAACAACGUCGUUGACACCAACUAAUUGUCAAGGGAUAGUAAGUUGUAAGGCUAACCCCUGAACCCGUGGUUUUGUUUAAGAGUUAGGGUUAUGACUGAAAUUUAUUUGUUCAAGAGUGUUCAGGCGGCCUGUUCUAAUUCCUUUCUAAUGAUUAUCACAGUAACUUGUAUCAAGUGAUUGUAUUUUUUUGGACAAAGAAAAAAGCUUCUAACAUGGCUGACAUGGAGUGUUAUAUAUUACGUAUUUGAGUAUUAACGUUAGUUCGAGCUUGCAUGUCAAAUAAUCUCUUAAAUUUGUCACCAUAUUAUAGUUACCAUAUACCAAAGGUGUACUUGGUAGAAAAUAUUUCAUUUUCUGGUGUAAGGAAAUUAAUUCACUAGACAAACAUGUUUAAAAUACUAUUGCCCAAAAAUAUAUAUUUUUUUACAGGUUGUAAUAUUUCUUAUAACAUUGGUUUAUCUUUGUACGUGAUGAUAAGUGUGUUUUUGUCAUUUAGAAUCUGGCAGAUUUAUGAUCAAGAGAUUUUUGAGGGUUUCACUUGUUUUAACUUCCUCAAACUGACUUGUUAGGACCGUAAAUAUUUCAGAGGGAAAUUCAAUGUCUUUCAGUUUUCCUACAUCAUUGUUGUUCUCGAUGUAUAGGGUAUACUUUCUAAUAAUUUCUUGACAAAGCUACACACAAGCUGAAGCAGAGAAAGUUCAUUCUAUUGAACACAAAUUUUUUGGUAGAUCCCAUGAAAGCGUUUUAUAUUGUGUGAUUAUUUUUAUCUGAUUUCAUGCAGUGCAUGUCAAAGUUUAAGUCCAAGAAUAAAUCCAUUUAAGCCACUGGCCAACUAUGAUGCAUCUGUCUUAUUCACUGAAUUUAUAUGUCAUGGAACUUGCCUUGGGCAAUCGUGAGAGUGGCAAGGCUUGACCAGUUUUUUUACUCUGUUGGAAGACAAAACAAAACAUUAAAGUGAUUUUGUUAAGAAGCCUUUUUUAAGUUGCAAGAUUUCUAAAAUUUAAAAUCAAAAUGAGAAAUUAUACUGUUUAAUAUGCUGAAAAUUAUCCUUCCUUAUGAAGGUACUGCUAAAGAGGUGUCCUUUGAAUAAUCUCACCAUGGGAUUUGUCUACAAACUCUGCAAGUUUCAAGUACAUAUCUUUAUAAUUGACUCCAGGAGUUGAAAGGUUAAUUAAAGCAUCCAUCCAUAUAGUGCUAUACAAUUGUGUUUGACUAGUAAGCUAGAAAACAGCAGAAUAAGUUUAAAAAAAUUGUUGUUGACCCCAGGAUGUUGUGCUUGUUGCAUUGUUCAAAUUCAUGCAGUGUCUAUUUUUACUCUCAUUCUGACAAUGCUUUUACAAACUUUCAGUCCUGAGUUUUCAGUUGUUUUGUCAUAUUGGGCAAUGCAGUAAUCGCUGUUAUCUACUACAGAAAUUGGUCUGUCAAAAUCUAAAGACUUAGACACAAGGUUAUAUCUUUAGUAGGCCAAUUAAUCUUGGCCUUGGAUACAUACCUGUGAUAUUAUGCGGUUGUGUGUGGGUGUUACAGUGCUGUCAAACUUGUCUUCCUGUUUAGAUGUUCCAUCCUUGUCUCUUAUUUUUACGUUUUAGUUUAACUAGGCUGCAAAGUGGUGUGUAAUUACAGUGUAAGGAGUCAGUGACUUUGUGGUGUUCUCUUUUGCAAAUUAAAUUGUGUGCUUUGCUAAAAGGUUAUCUAAACAGGACAAUAGAUUGGCAUACAGUGUAUUUGCAGAAGACCAUUUGGUAUUAUCAGCUUAACAUUACCUUAAAAUCCUGUCAUGCUGUUAAUGGAAUUAAACCUUUACUCUUUAAUACACAGUGUUGAAAUGUUAAUUUCUUGUCUCCUUGGCUGUUUAUAUAGCAUGUAGUUAGUAGAAUGUGCUUAUCUAAAGACAUUAAUUGAUCAAAUCUUUCAUUCUCUUUAUGCCAUGUAUGGUAAAGCAUUGAUGUUAAAAGUAUAAAUUUUGUAUGGAUCUCUACUUAAAGAGAGCUUACCUGUAAUGUUAUAUCCAGUUUUUCACCAAUGUUUAUUGAUGUGUGCAGAAACAUAACAAAGAUUUAAGUCCUAAGUCAUGUUUCAUCAUGUGAAUUGUCUCAUUUCUGGAAAUAGCUACUAAUUACGCAUAAAUAUAUGCCAUUGUAAAUGUUUUUAUCGUAUAGAUGUUUGUCGGGUGUUUAACAUUUUGCUAAAAAUACCUUUAAUGUAGCCUGGUAAAUAUGUCAACCACUUCCUGUAUUUUAUUGGGAAUUUGUUAUUCAUCUCUUAUUUUUUAUUUGCUCAGGUUGAUGUGAAAAUAUAGUUUGGAAACAAAUGUUUUGUUUAUUCUUUGAGUAGGUUUCUUGUUGGAAUAUUUCCCUUUUUUGGGGUAUUGUGUUUGGUCUGGAUUAGUAAGCGUGUCAAGUCACUCUCAUCUGAAGACGUCUUUGUCUUUUUUAUACAUGUAAAUUAUUGGUUUGUUUAUUUAAUCAGGGUUCUCCAGCAAGUUUAAAGUAGAAGGAGAAAAAGCAUAUGAUAGCCUGCAAGCAAGCUCUCUGAGGCACUACCUCCCUUUUCCCUCUCCGCCACAGCACCCCAGAGAGCUUGCUAGCAGGCUAACAUAGAUUGGUGGCAAAACCAGAACAUACAUAUAUUUCAUGCUAUGUAGCCACAUGUGGAAGUAGUUACAGAUUCCAGAGCCUCCUUUGGAAAACUUUUAAUUUGGGGGAUCCUGACUGGUGUGUUCCAGCACUUGGCCAACUAGGGAAAGAGUUUUAGCCAUGAGAAUGGAGCUUCUCUAUGGGUAGCUGUGGACAUUUUUUUUUUGUCCUGCAUUUUCCAUCAUAUCUUCAGUUCUUAAUGAAAUUGUGAUGCAUUCAGAAUUGUUUAACGCAAAAUGCUACUAGUGAACUUGAUGCUGACAAAUGAGAAAAUAAAAAAGUAAAAGGCUGAAACUCUGAAUGUGUAGUACACUUUUUGGCAGAUUUCUUUGCCUUCAUGGCACAACUAUUACUAACAAUGUAAAACUUGAUCGGAAUGCAAUGUGAUGGCCAUUUUUUGAGAUCAUUGUUUCCUCCAUAGCAGUGGCAGUGACUUCAGUUUCAUUGGAAAUUACCCAUAGAGAGUCUCACAGGGUUCGCACAGGUCAUGAAAAACCUAGGAAGUCAUGGAAUUUAAGAAUUUCAUUUUCAAAGUCCUGGAAAGUCAUGGAAUGUAAUUGCCGUUCCUUCAAGGUCACAGAAAAUAAAAUUUUUGUUUGGUAGACUGUAGUUACUGCAGAUGACAAAGCAGGGACAAUGUAAGAUAGAGAUCAAGGAUUAAUUAAACAGGGUGAAAUGCCCCCAUAUUGGUACAAAAGAACAUUCUGUGUAAAGUAUCAGACAAGGAACUAUAUUAACUUUUGCAAUGGUAGGCUUUGGGGGAUGGAAUGUCUGUUAAAUGUUCAUGGUGUACACUCUGGACAUUGUGCUGUUCUUUAGUGUACAUUUAGUAGAACUUCGAUAACUCAAUCUCAGGUAACUUGAAUUUCCUGCUAACUAAAACUAAUAUUCUUUUCCCUUGAUCAAAAAUUCACUGAAAUUUGCUGUGAUACCUUGAAUUCUACACGUAGUUCUUGCGACUCUACUUGGUUGCAUCCUAUUAGCUCUUCUUGUACAAGGUUAAAAACACUACAACUUGCACUGGUCAGUACUAAAGCAGUUUGAUUUUAAUUGGUGCAAUGAACAGACACAUUUUAUCAUAAAAAAAUGCCUGAUCGUGUUACUGUUUCCAAUGAAAUACCGUAAAAUUCUGAAAAUAUUCCCAGGGCUUAUAUUUUUCAAAGGCCCUUUUUGAAGGGCUUAUAUUCGGAGGGGCUUAUCUACGCAGGGAAGUUUGUAUUUCAAAAUCAAUUGGGCUAGCCUUAUACUUGGAAGUAAAUUUACCGUUUUUGCUUUGUUUUACUUUGUAUUUGAGGGCCAUUUUCCAAGUGCAAGCCCUCAGGGGACUUAUAUUUGGAGGGGCGAUUGAACAGAGGGUUUUUUUGCGUUACCAGUUUGGGGGGCCUAUAUUUGGAGGGGCUUAUACAAUGUACAUGGACGGGCUUAUUUUCGGAAUUUUAAAGUAUGUUAAAUUUGCACUGCACCAUACACUGAAGAGCUGAAAAAUCAGUAACUAUCGAUAAUUUUUAAUGUGCAAAAAUUGAAAUUGACCCUGUUAAUUUGAACCCUUGCUAACUCAAAUUGUUUUUCAUUUUCCUUCAAAGUUCAAGUUAGUGGGGUUGAACUCUACUUAUUUGUGUUAAAAAUUGAAAAGAGGUUGAUUGCUUAUUUAUGGGUGGGAUUUUGUGCUGUGGGGAAUUUAGUUAUAGCUCCAGGCUAGAGGCAAAAUUGCAAUUGAAGUUUGUUUUGUUAGUGGAUGAAAUUUAAAAAUUUAAACUUUUCAAGUAGCAUUUAACAAGCUUUUGUGUCUUUUAUUGCUUCUAUCUCAUCAUGUUGCCCAAUAAAUUUUGAUGUUUCUAUAAUUAUUUAACAUUUAACACAGUCAAUUUUCUUAAAGAAAACCCAAACUUCACAUUUGCAAAUGAUUUUUGUCUGGUCAUGAAGCAGGUGCAUUUUAUUGUGUCAACAAAAGUAAAAUGAGUAGGCAACUGACUCUUUAAUUGAACACAGACUUCAAAAAGAAAUUGAAAAUGCUGUGGAUAACUUCAUUUGGUUUUCUUUAUUGGUGAAUUGUUAUUUUUGUAGGGUAAACUGUUUACAGUAAUGUUUAUUUUUUAUUAUUUGCUCUCAAUGUGCCUUGACUUCACAAUGCAAGACUGAUUAAGUAUGGUUCUUUCUUGGCCCUUAAUUGGCUUUGACAUUUGGUCAGCAAGUCUGUUUGCUGCUUUCUUUGUUUUAGAGGUCAUCAGUAAAUCAUCUAUCUUGUUCAUAUCGUGACGUAUGUGUGUGAUCACGUCCUAUAACAUUAAUGUUUUCAUUUUCCCACAGUAAUACUGUAAAUGAAAAUUUAAGGCCUAAAGAUUUUAGAACCGACAUUCUAACUUUUCUGUUUGAGGACAAAAGAUCCUACAUUGUGAUCAUGCGAAUGUAACUUCUUCAGUGGUACUUUUGCCUUGUACCAUUUUUUUCAGUUUUUUUUUUUACGAAAUGAAUUUGGGGAUUUUUCUGGCGUAACAAUAACAUUUUUCGCUAUAGUUUGAGCUUUUGGGAAAUCAGGCAUUAUUCACAUGACCUGUGCUAAGCCAUAAGAUGAUAUUGAGACCUAAGUGACGUCUUAAAAAAAUCGCAAUAAAACGUCAACACCAAAGAGAAAACAUUUUGCUUGACUUGUGCUAUAAUGGAGCAUGUUGUGAAUAGUAUGCAUACCUGCUUUUAUUCAGUCAGUACCUCUGGAGAGUUAUCCUUAAUACCUAAUAUAACUUGUGAAGCCACUACAUUAUCUUCAACGCUUUAAGUGACCAACAUCACUUUUCUCCUAAUAAAAGUGAUAAAUAACCAAGAGAAAAGGUUUUAAGAAUAAAUAACAUGAUCACGUAAGGGUGCGGAUCUUUUAUCAAAUUUACUCAACCAAUUCGUUAACAGGUAUAUGAGAUCAGUCUGCAGAAUUUGUACAUAACAGUUGGGGCUAAAGGAGAAUAUUUUAUUAUAGUGAUGAUAAUUGUUUAAGCAUGUUCAAUGUAUGAGGUCUUGUUAAACUAACACUGAAUGUGAAUGUCGUUGUGUAUGGUCAUAUCAAGUAAUUACCCUAGCUAAAUCUUAACAUGAAGUUUAAAAAAGUACACAUACUUAGACACCUUUUUGUGGCUAAAGUAAUACCCCCUCCAUUACUAUCCAUCUUCUCAGCUGUCAUUAACUGCCAGUUGUAACUAUAUUGUGCGUGUUUGGGGGGUUAAAACAUUAAUUAUAUUUCCCAGAUGUUUUUGUUGUACAUCCACUUCCUUCCUAUUUAUUUUUAUAUACAUGUAGCUUGGUUUGGUUUUGGCUUAUUAUUUUACUCAUCUUACUACAGUGUAUGCAUUAAAUUGGAUUUUUCUUUGUUCAUUGAAUUUAUCACUGAUAUUUUAAAAUCUUGUCAUACCUUCCUAGGUGCAUGAAUUUGAUAUUGAUUUAGUACUGGUCAGGGUAAUAGAUCAAGCAAUCACAAAAAUAUGCACAAUUAGAUUAUCUUUGUUGAAUAUACAAAGUGGUUGAAGAGCAAACAUGCCUGAAUACAUGUUUUAUGAUAAAUUGUGUAAUAUUAAAAUGCCCUUGAUUUAGAGAUAACAUAAAUUAUUGAAUUAAAAAUCUCAUUCUCUUACAGCUAAUGAAUAUGUUCACAAAUUUCAUGAUGACAAUAAUAUUGGCUACAUUGUAGUGGGCCCGACUUUGAAAAAAAAUUUGUCUGCAGCAGCAUGUUCCAUUGUGAUAUCUGAGAUGAUUAUUACAUUUCCACCCUGUAAAUUUUAACUGUUACUUUUAUUUCACUUACAUUUUUCCAAAUUUCAAUCUUUCUUGACUAUUAUUUUGAGUAAUCUUUUUUAUAUGCAGUGUGUUUCCAUAUCAACUUGUCUCUACAUAUUAUACUUGUUGUUAACCUAGUUAUAUGUUAUAUUGUUAUGUUUUGUAUCUUGGCCUCAAAAAUGCUUUUUUUACUUAAAUCUGAUCCCAUAAGCAGUAAAACCACAGUUUAAAAACUAUUUUUAGUAUUUAUCAAAGUAAGCUUAGUAUGGGUUGUGAUUUAAUAAUAAAAUGUAUGUAAUUAGAAGAAACUGUCUGUAUUCGUGACAGAGUUUUGAGAGAACAUUAUUUGAGUUGAAGUGUAAAAAAGUUCUUUGACUAUAAGGGGUACUCUGUUUGGUAGAUAUUAAUAAGCAAAUAUUUUAAAGUAUAAGAACUCUUAUCAAUAAUUUUGUAUGAAGGUGCGUCAAAAGAAAAAAAAUAGUAAAAUAAAUAAAAUAAAAUAAACACUAAUUUUCAUCUUGGACCCAAUAGAUCCAAAAUCAAACAGUGUUAGGGGUUGAGAUCUACCGCCUGCAGGAUGUAUGGUACUUUGAAACACUGUCAGGCCUGGAUGGAUGAUUAUGAGACCCAUGAGGUGUCAUCACAUGACUGCAAGAGUUUAUCAAAACAUUUCAAGCUACACAAACUCUUUUUGCUCUUAAAACCGAAUUGUUUUGACUUUUGUUGUAUCUUAAUGUGUAUAUGAGCCGAAACCAAUUGUGGAAUUGCACGCAUUUUAGGCAUCCUAUUGAUGAACAGUUGCGACACGUAGAUAUAUUUUUUAGCAACUACUAUAAUUUGCAGUCUGUCUACUUUGAAUAUUUAUUAUCAUAAUGGGGCCCUCUUGGGGUGGGGGGGUGGGAGGUUGUGGCAGGUACAUUUGUUCCUGGUCUGAAUUUCAGAUAUGGUCAUUUCACAUUUUGAGGAGUAUGGCCAUGUCCCUGUUAAUAUUUAACUCAUACUAACAGGGCCUCCAUAAUAUGGUGCAACUGUAAAAGUUGUCAAUACAGUUUGACAGAUUCCGUGUGCUGAAACAGCAUUUUUUUUUUACUGACAGACUGAUUUAUGUGGCCUGAAGUGGCGGAAGUACAUAUACAAUGUUGCAUGCAGAGCCACCUUUGAAGAAGACCCUGUACUGAAGUCAUUCUCAUUGGCCCUUGGUCAUGACAUCUUGUGUGCAUGGCGAAGAAGUCCUUCGACAGGUUGUCAGUCAAGCAGUGAUCCUAACAGUAUCAGCAGUGCAAAAGAGUUGUGGGUGUUCUGGUUUGGUGAUGACCCUAAUCUUCAAGGGAUUGUUUCAGGAGAACUGAAAGGUGAAUUUUUUAUUUAUACCAAAGUUGGCCCAGACUCUAUGGACGUUCAUUGGACUUUGAUUUUUAUUAGAGAGGGAAUGAAAAUAAACAAAAUAUGUUCUAAAUUCCAUUUUUUGAAAAAAAAAUGAAAUAAAAAUGACUUUCCUUGUGUUACUGUCUGUCUGCUUGUCAAGCCAUUUGGAAGCUGUUUUAAUGCGUGUAAUGAUUUUGAGUUGUACUAACAUUGAGAAACUCAAAAUCUAAAACUUGAUAGAGCAGCUUCCAAAUGGCUCUAGAGGCGAACAGACAGUAAAACACACAACACAAACCGGUCUGUCAUUUCUAUUUGUUUUUUUUUUAAUAGUUCUAAGUUAGAAUGUAUUUUUUUUAUUUUCCUACAUUCUCUUAUAAAAUUCAAAGUCCAACAAACUCCCGUAGAGUCUGUGCCGCCCAUGUAUACAAAUCAACCACACAACAACAAGAGGUUCUUGGCAUGGAGAAGUGGCUGCAGUUUUCUCUUCCUUACCCCUCUCUACGAGAGGCAAGACUAACAUUUUAAGUGUCAUUUUUUUUUUUUUACAGAAUCAUGCCAUGGGUGCUGGGAAGAUGGCUUGCCACAUGAGCCAAGAUCUCUGCUAUUCAAAGCCUUACAUAACUUAUUAGAAAGGUAAAUGUUUCAUAAUCUGCCACAAAACGGUAGUAUACAAUUCAUUGUUGCUGCUAAAAUUUGAAGUAAAUGACCACAGAGUGCACUGAAAAACACAAGGCUGGUUACCAUUGAAUUGCGGAGAAAAAGUUCAGCAGCCUUGAGCCUUUGAGUUAUUUGUUUGAUGCUUCAAAAGUAACCUGUAUUCUGUAGUGAAAUUGUGUUAGUGAAGUAAGUACAGCUCAAUGUGUGAAAACUUUUUAGGUGUUUGCUGUCAAGAAAGUUUGUUCGCCUGGGAAAGUGGUUUACAAAGCCAUGUGAAAGCAGUUCAGUGGAAAAUUUCAGGUGAGGUGAUCCUUUUUUGAAAAAUUUUAGGCCUUUUCCACCUCGCUAUAAAUUCUUUUGCUCUAGCUUAACUGUAUGAUUUGUUCUAUUCUGUGAAAGAAUAUUUCUAACCUCUCUAUUACAUGUGAGGUAAUUUGGGGUUUAUAACACGAGAAGAGCAGUCCCAACUACAAGUGCAGAACAACCAACCCUUUUUGAAAUCUUUAAGUCCCUCAUAAUUUCUUUGGUACUAAUAAGGUUUAAAAAAUUAAUUUUAAUUUUUGGUGAUCAUCUCUUUAAUCUUCAUUAUUUAACUUUCUGUUUGGGCGUAAGUUGUCCAUAAAACAAGCCAGAUGAGGUGUAAGAAUGCCUGUAAAUGGCAUACCCUUGCAGUAAUAAAAUUUCUUCUCUAAGGCAGAUAGCAAUGUCGGUGACCCCUUUUCAUGAUGUGAUGUUAUACAUGUGUAGGUGUAAUGACUUAACAAUAUUUUCUUUUUUCCUCUCCAGCAGUCAGUUAUCUUUUUCAUUUUCAUUUUUUGUCCAUGGCGAGAGUUCUGUUUGUACUGCCGUUGAAAUCCAGCAGCAGCAACAAGUACGUCAUCUUAGACUAGAAGAUGUAGCUGUUGCUGCAACCAAGCAAGAAGGACUUCCAGGUAAUGUAAUCUGGUAAAAUCUGAGCUGCUUCAGUUGCGGAUUUAAACUCUGCACUGUGCUGCACUGCUUGGCUUACAAGUUACCUUGUUGAAGCAUGUAUACACGAGAUAAAUACAAAUAAUAAUAUGAGGGUACCAUAAAUGAUCUAUUAGAAGCCUGUGGUAUUUAUUUGAUUUUAGGGGUCCAAGAGGGGUGGUUGUUUAACCCUCUGAACCCUGAGAUGAAAAUUUGAAUUCCCAUUUGUUGCCCCCGGUCCAGUCAUUUCCUACACAAGUACUGGGGAGAAGUUGAUAAAAUAACAAGCAAAUUCAUCUUGUGUGAUCACGUCUGUGAUUGAAAGCAUUGAUGUUACAAGGAAAAAUUUGUUCCUGAUCACUCUUAUGGCAAUAAUAAAUUAAUAAAUAAAUAAUAAAUUAAUAAAUUAAUUAAUUACUUUAAUAAAUUACUAUUAUAUUAAUAAAUUAAUAAAUUAAUUAAUUAAUGGAGGCCUUUAAAAGAGAAGUACUAUUGUCUUGAGGCUUGUUAGAAGGACUUUCCUUUUGUGCCAUUUAUUUAAUUUUGGCCUUUUAGCUAAAUGAAAUUUGGGAUUGGCUUAAAUUUUGACUUUGGCAAUUACUUUCAGUAUUGUUAGGUCCUUAUGGACUGUCUGGAUUUCUCACUGGUCAAACAAGCCUCUUGGAUGAUGCAGUUUCAGUAAAACUUAUUGAGGAAUGGAAGAAAUUUUAUCCCAUUGACUUCAGUAAUGAUUGGAGUGAGAUGACAAACCAGUGUUUUGAUAAGGGGGUCCCUGCCGCUGUUAUGGUUGUUGUAGGGGAGACUCAGAUGUGGUAUCCAUCCACUUAUGUUGUGAUACCAUGCACAGAGAAUGAAAGAACUGGAGGUGAGUUUAGUUUGACUUACCAUUGUUAAUCCCUUUAUCUCUUUCAUUUCUUAUAGUUUUUAGUGGCCCCAAGGAAAAAAUCACCAAAAAGAUAAAAUUUAAUAUUCAUUUUGAAAAAUCCUAAGAAAAAAAUGUGCGGCCCGGUCAAAAAGGUUUCAUUUAAAUGGCAAAUGAAUAUCAUAAGAUUCCAUCCACAGAUGUAAAGGUUAGAGUAACUAAUAAUCUCCUCAUAAUGUGGUCUAGGAGUGAAAGGGUUAAAGUCAAGACGAUAGUAAUCUCUAAUCUGAUUGCUAGCAUUAUGUGCCAUAACUUGUUAGUAAGGGUGUCUGAGUUAUUGGGGGUGACAAUAGGAGCCCGCAAUCCUAAUCUCAAGGUUGUUAUUACGCAUGUGCCGCAUGUAUGAUGUAGCGGGCAUUUGUUUGGAUCUCCUUUAAGAAUGAAUGGAAUGCACAGAAUGCAAUAUGAUCACUCGUAAUCUGAUCAAGCAUGUUUUGACUAUCUGUCACGUGAAACUUACAUGUACGUAAAGCACAUCAAUGGAGCUAAAUCGUUUUGACCUUCGAUUGUUGUUGUUGUUGUCACUCCGUAACCUUUGGUUAUUAAUACUCGUAAGUAAUACUAACAAAAAUAAACUAGGUUGCCAUGGCACAGCUCCUUUAACCCCUGAAGUCCCAAGAGUGACCAAUAUUAAUUUUCUCUUAACAAUAUCUUUACAUAAUCAAGAGUAGGUUAUGAGAAUUAAUAAAAUGAUCACCAUAAAGGGAAAUGUGUUGAUCUUAAAACAAAUUCUUUCAACAUAAUUCUUCAAGGAAUGUAUAGAUAUCUGUGUAGAGAAUUUUUUUGUGGAUAUUGGGGCUUGAAGGGUUCAAUAACUGAUUUUCUUCUGGAUUUUCUGGAUUUUGUGGUGUAUCAAAACUCAACAAAACUCAAUUCAUUAAUCUUCCACACAAUUCAUAUUAAUCUGCGACGCAAGUAAUACAGUAAAAACCCGCAACUAAGAACCUACAUUUUUAGGAGUUAGCCUAAACAGGUUCUUAUAUAAAUGCUAGUUAGCAGUAUUUUAGGCUAUUUAGGUUCUUAAAAUGGGUUCUUAAUCCUGGAGAAAAAGUAGUUAGUAUGCUUUGUAAGUCUACAUAUCUUGCACUCAUUUUUCUUUAAAAAACAUUUUUACAACAAUGGCAAUCUGCUUUUUUUGCUUCAAAUAUGAUUCUUGCAAUGCAGCUGUAAUGUACUAGUAUGAUUUUAGAAAAUAUAAAGAACCUGUUUUAAAUUUCUUAGGCUAAAUAGGUUCUUGUUUAUAGGGGAUAUAAAUGACCAAUUUUAGGCUAACAGGUUCUUAAUUUUUAGGUUCUUAGUUGCGGGUUUUUACUGUAGUUCAUGAAUUUUGUGUUGUAUAACAUGUAACCUUCACAGUUAUUUCUUUACUACUUGUAACUACUUUCCUCUUCCUAAUUCUAGUGUUUAACUUUUUAACCUGUGACCUUUAACCAUCUGCAGAAGGGCCUGUUUUGCCCAGAACAGAUUCAGCGACCACCUCUGGUCCAACAUCACUAACCCCACCAGCAUCACCUAUUGAUUCCAACACUACAGAUGUUGUUACAGGUUCAGCAAAUUUGCCACCAGCACCCAAGGUUACAUUACCUACUGUCACUGACAAGAAGAAGUUGACACACUCAUUGGUGCAAGAAGUUUGGCAGGAGAUCACUAUUACCAAACCUGCAGUGAGGUAAGUAACAUGUUAUAUGUAAAGAAGAUCAUCACAGUUAUAAACACAACUUUUGCAGCUGCUAAAAGAAGCCUGAAAAGGUUCAGGCUUGUUUUGGAUUCGCACCCUGACUUUUGCGUUACCAUUGCAGUGCUCCAGACACAAAGGUCGAAGGUUUGAAUCCCAUUACUAGUCAAGCCAGAAUUUUUUUCAGUUUGGAUUAUUUUGGAGUCUUCUUGGAUGAAAUCUGUAAAUGAGAACAUACCAGUCAUUUCUCUUCUGUGGAAGUGUAUAUUAUACCUUUACUUAGACUAUUGCAUAAUUAUUCCUUUUUUUGGAGGAGGUGGCAGGGGGGAGUGGAGGGGGAUUGGUUUAUUGUAGAGUUGUUUUAAAUUGUGCUGCGCAGGUGUGAGGGAAUUUUAAUUUGAUGUUUGUUAUUAUUGUUUAACUGUAGUUUGUUAUUGAGGUCCUGAACUGAGAGCCUUUUUCAUUUGUCUUUAUGAAGACUAGCAUUGAUUUUUUUUUGCAGUAAAAGCUCCUCGCAGAACUCAAUAUCGAGGUUAACUACAUUUAUAAAGACAGAGAGUUUAAAUGAUGUGACAUCAGUGGGCCAGUGGGAUUUUGAGGAGCCAUUUAAGCGCACCUCGUGUUCCUGUACAUCAAGUAGUAAUAUUAGCAGGUAAGGCUGACUUAAAAGGGGUUCCAGAGUAUUUUCGGCAAAGUAGCAGGGCUCAAAAAAGUUCCAUCUGGAAAUAUGGGACAGGUAACUUUUAAAGCUUUACUUGCCCAAUAGACAAAGGUUCAGGGAAGUCAUCCUCUAGCAAAAUCAUUAACUAAGGCAAGCCAAAUGUAAGAGCUGCAUGCCCAAGGACAAGCUGGAAUUCAAGUCUUUUUUUUUAGCCCUAUGUAGUGUCAGAAAGAAAGAACUGAUAAACAUUUAGUUCUAUAUUAAUCAUAAACAUUAGGAAUUAGUGAAAGGAUGCAUCAAGUUGAUGGUGUAAAAGAGAAAAUGAUUUCCUUUCUUUGCGUGAUUCCCGAUAGGCCCAAGGCUCCAACGCAAGUGCGUCCAUCAUUUGGUAUAACAAGGCCAAUACCGUCGCCGAGUUAUCCGAUACCUUCACCUCAACAACAACACCAGAUAUCACAGCAAACGCAGAGCACUGCAAAGUUAAAGAAAGAGAAGAAAAAGCCUCUGGUGCCAUUUCACCAUCGACCAAGCAUCAGUAAGGACAGACCAGAAGCUGUGAAAAGUCACGUGGGAGCUAUGACAAAGGGUUUGCCUACCGCAAAUUCCCUGACAAGUGUCACUCAAAUGCGGCAUUCUGAUGUUGCUCUUGCUCAUAAUGCAAAGAAUACAACUGGCGCAGUCGCGCACAAGAACAGUACAUUGGAUACAAAAACCAAUGCUAAACCAUCACAGCAUUCUUCCUCAUUGUUGAGAGUGAACUCUUCAAGGUUACCAUCAUCAACUUGUGAGAAAGUUUCAGAAAUGCUGGUCAAAUCUGAAGAAUCAUGUGCAGAUAAUUUUGUGAGCAAUAUAGACUCUGAUAAAAAGGAUGAUGAUGAGCAAAGUUGUUAUGUCCUGCCUGUGGAGAGUGUUUUCAGUGUCCCUGUGCUACCCUCUGACCCUCUUGACUGCAGACCACUUGGUGCACUUGGUGAUCAAGUGAUCACAGAUGAGGUUUUCUCACCUUCUCCUCUGGAUGCACCAAUGUCUCUGUGGGAAAGGUAAGUUGAUCUUGUAACUCUCCAUUUGGAUCUUCAAUUAAUGUACUGUUUGUGUUCCCCUUACCUCCCCUUAAUUAAGCUGGAAUGGACUCAUCCCUUAAAUAUUUGUUAGGAUCCUUUUAGAGAGAAAACUUGGGAGGUUGAGUUUCUAAUGGUUCCUUCAGAAUCAGAAUGUGUCCACGUUUUGGCAGCUACUUUAAGUAGGGAAAUAAUCCAAGACCUGUGGGCAAAACUUGCCUUCUUUAAGAGGAUGUGGUUUAGAAUACAAGUCCCUAACUUGGCCAGUAGUGAAUGAAUUCUGGACUUGAGAACGAUGAGAACACCUUUCUUGUCUUAUCCAAGAGUCAACUGACAUUUUGCUGAGUUAACUACAUAAUUGUAAAAAGUAGCAAAGAGUUACACUUAAAUGCACUGCAUACAAAAAUACUGAAGUCUUGGGAUAUUUGAGAAGGUCAGUUAAGGCCAAUUUAGACGGUACGAUUUUUGCUUACGGCUAUCGUGCGUGACUAGCAUACGUCAUGACUUUCGACUAUCCACACGUGCUCAAUUUACAUUACGACACGAUCUGUCGUUAAGUCGUGAAGCUCUCUAGUCGCUCACGAUAGUCGUAAGCAAAUAUCGUGCCGUCUAAAUCGGCCUUUAGAGAUACUCCAUUUUUGACACAUACUCCAUUUCUGUCAUUUUACUCAGCCAAUAGAAAAUAACCGUUCUUAUUUUCAAAAUUGUAAUAGUGGUAAAAGACCCUCUACAGAUGCUGGUUUGGAGUCUGUGUUUUCACCUGCGAAGAGAAGACGGGAAUCAUCAUCUGGAAGAUCUCGUUCAGAUAGUACUGGUACAGGACGGCCCAAGGGACGUAGGAAUAGUUCUCAACCUUCACCUGCAACCACGCCGCUUUCUGAUCCUUUUACUCCACAGCCUGAGGAUCCUGAUAUUGAAAUGAUACAGCCAACCAUAAAAUCACCAACACAGGGAAGGCCUCCUUCAAAUAAGCCCCGCCGGAGAAGCAGCAAUGCAGCUGCUGAUAGUCCGUCUGUUCCUCCACCAGCAGAAGUCAGUAAACCUCCCUCGCGCGUGAAAAAUCGACGACCAAGCUCCCGGAAAAAGCAACAGGAGGAAAAGGAAAAGCUGGCUAAAGGAGUGGAGGAAGUAAAGCCACACCCACAAAAGACUGAGAAAGGAUUUUAUCCCAGUUUCUCAUCUUCUGAUGAUGAACAUGAACCAGCUCCACGGUCAUCAAAUUUAAUGACAGAACAAGAUCUUGCGGUGACGCUAAAUGACCUUGAUAAAUUGUUUGACAGUGAUGAAGAAGAGGAUGAGUUGGGGCAAUCCAAAUCUAUGAAGAUGGAAUUUGCUUGUCAUCAGAUUAAUACCUUUGAUUCAAUCACAAACAUCAACACUCACCACACUAUUAUGAAUUCUGGUGUGGUAGCCCAACAGGAUUUGGCACGAAUGUUUCCUACUCCUCCCUCUCUAGAGACAGUGUCGCAUUCUCCCCCUUGCCCUGUUGGUAAUGAUUACAUUAGUCCUGGGAGUGUCAAGGCCACAGUGCACAGUGCAAUGCUGUCUCCGGAGUCACAGCAUUUGAUGAGCUUUACGGGACUGGAUGUGGAACAAGACAAGCAGCAUAGUCCAGUGGUUUGUAUAGCUGAUUGUUCAGGUAGUUCCUGUAGAUAACAAGACACAUUCUCGCAAACAGAACUUAAUCCACCACAUGAUGGUGGGAGGUCGGUGGGGCUGGGGGUAUUACUUUUUCUCUGAUGGCUCAGGAUGGUUAAUUGGAAUACCCAAAAAGUACCAUGCAGUUUUGUGCUCUGUUUGCACCGUUGUGCUAUAAGAAAUUCUGUCUCGUGUCUCUCUUCACGUCAAUGUGUGCUAUAAACUUCAGGUUUCCUUUCCACCCUUUUAUAAUUUUUCUGCCCAUUUACACUGUCUGUGCACGUUUUUACCUUUAAACAUCGUUAUUGUUUUAAUUGUGUGAUCAGACACCUUCUCCUUCGUUUUUUAUUCAAGCAAGUCCAUUAAGUAUCUUAUGUUCCUUUCAUAUUCUAGGAACUCGGUCCUGUCUUUGAUAUUCCAAAAUAUCAAGACUUCCCUGUUUCCUUCUCCUUUGAAGCUGUGACAGUUUUGCCCAGCCACAAGGCUCUUCCCUCAGCAAUAAUGCAGUAUACACCUAGUUGGCAGGUAGGGUUGUUUUUGGAGCUCACAAUCGUUUAAUACUUGGGUUUUUGAUUGUCUUAAUAAUAGUUUUCACCCAAAUCAACAUCAUUAUUAUUAUUAUUGUUGGUAUUAUUAUGCGCAUAAAACAACAAUUAAAAAAGCCGGUCUAAACUGGAAAGAAAACCAUUUGCUUUCAGAACUUACAAUUUUUGUAAUUUUUUUCUGUCCUCAGCAUUCCUGAAUUUAUUAUGUUUUGUUAUUCUAAAUGCUGUUGAUGUGAACUUUUUAACUGUAACCAUAUACCGUAAAAUUCCUAAAAUAAGCCCCGGGGCUUAUAUUUUUCAAAGGCCCUUUCUGAGCCGGGGCUUAUAUUCGGAGGCGCUUAUCUAUGGAGGGAAAUUUGCGUUUCAAAAUCAAUUGGGCUAGCCUUAUAGUUGGAAGUAAAUUGACCGUUUUUGCUUUGUUUUACUUUGUAUUUGAGGGAAAUUUUCCAAGUACAAGCCCCCACGCGGGGCGAUUUAACGUAGGGUUUUUUGCGUUACCGGCUUGGGGGGCUUAUAUUUGGAAGGGCUUAUACUUGGAGGUGCUUAUUUUCGGAAUUUUACAGUACUUAUUUAAUAAGAGUUGUAGCUUUCAAGGCUGUGCUGUUAUAGUACAGACCUGGCUUUAUUUAAAACAGUAGGUUGAACUACUGGAAAUGCCACAGAGACUGAUGUGGAAGAUUGCAAUGAGGCUUUCUGUUCAAUUAUUUUUUUUGAGAUUUUAUUUUCAUUUCAGAGUCUUAACCUUUUGUUUUGUCUCAUUUAAAGCAGACAUCACAGAAAUCUUGGCCCUUGUCAGUCACUAAAGUAGAGAGGUCAGUAGGUCUUGCAGAUGUUUCAAGUUUUGUUCUCCUCCAAGUUUUUCAGUCAAUAUUACCAGUAUUUAACACUAACAGUGACAGCUGUCUAAUGUGUUCUCUUUUCUUUUUUUCAGUAGUGCUGAUGCUCUUAAUGGCGAUGUUGCUGUUGCCACUUCUUCUCCGGCAGUGGGGUACACAUAUAACCAUCCUCCAAGUGUAAGCAGUGACGUCAAGCACUUAACAUCUGCAGCAAUGUCACCUGCUUCUCCAGCUUCUUCAGUGUCGUCGUUCUCUAUGCCCUCACAAUUUCCAAAAGCUUUUCAAGGAAGCAACUUUGUUGUGAAACCCUUGUUUCAAACUCCUCUUCCAGAAGUAAAUUCUUUAUCAAGGGUUCUGACUCUAUCUGACUCUUGGUUGAACUACUUUAGUGACAAGAGUUAUGACAAUGUGAGCCUGUGUUCGUGUUGCAAGUCCUCAGAAGGUUCAAGGACUAAGGGAAUAAUAACAAAAAGCAAAGACUUUGAGAGAUGUGUUUGUGGAUUUGGUCCUCUGGAGAGAAUGAAAUUCACUUCUGGAACAGGGUUGUUCCCAGAUGACAUUUGUGAAGUACCUUCAGUAAAUUUAAUACCAGCCAAAAAGGAUGUAAUUGUAAAGCUCGAAGUUAAAGCACAAGAGUGUAAAAAACCUCUUACUGUAAGAAGACAAGGAUCAACAACAACUAUUUUACCAUCGCAAAUUCCUUUCAGCUUACUGGAAGAGAUUGUGAGUCAGUGUUCAUCACCAUUUUCUUGUUCAAACCUGAAAUUUCAACUAAUGUAUAAAAGCCAGGGUAUUGUGAAGCAUGUUUCUGGUAUGGCAGCACAAAAUAAAGGUAAGUUUCCCCCUAUAUGUUGAAGUUGAUAGUGAUAAUAAUAAUAGAGGAUAUUACAUAGCCAAGCGGAGAUACAAAAUUUCCUUUUGAGUGUUGAUUAUUAUUCCACCAGUGAGCGCAGCAAACUCAGGGUGUUCACUAGGUGCCGGAGACCGGAGAAUUCUCCGCUUACUAUGCAGAAUUCUCCAGCUAACGUUCGGUAGCCUAUGACAAAAUCUAUUCAGACAGGGGGACUCCUUGAAAAUAUUCUCCUGUAAUGUUACACCUUUCUCCUGCUACUAGAAGUCUUUAUGAAAACUCUGAAACUAGUGAAAUUUUUUUUUUCAACACCAGAAGGGAAAUUAUGUAUCUCCAAGUAACCAUGUAAUGUCCUAUUUAUUAUACAAACAUCAAUGAUACCAAAUAAUACCAAACCAUUUCACUUUUAAAGUUUUUUGGUGCGAUUUAUUAUGUAGCCUUAGCAAGGGUGAUCACAUGAGGAUAACAUGUUAUUUAUUAAACUCUCCUGUAGAGUAAUUUUUCAAACUUGAAAGGAAGUGUUUCUUCCAUUGUCCAGACAUUGAGAAGUUAAAAAAAAACUACAGCAGAAUUUUGACUUGUAUAAAGCUUCCAACUUAGAGUUAUCCACUUAUUUCUCCUUCCAUCUUUGGAGAGCCAAAAUUAGCUAAGCGGAAUGAAAUAAUUAGUGGUGACCUCAUUACAGCCAACAGGCAAUAUGGUCAUGAAGAACGGGAGAGCUCCUUAAGACACUGAUUCAUACCAAAUACCUCCUUGAGUCUGGAACUGGUUUGUUAAGUGAUUAGUGGCUUUCCCAUUCUUUUGGUAAACAUCUUUGCUGUUAAAUUUGCCAUCCUGGUGAAAUAUUUUUAUUAGAUGCACCUCGGUUCCUGAGGAUGACCUCCUUCAUGAUUUUUCAAAAUGCUGAAAUGUGUAUUAUUUUUCUUCAAAGAGCAGUGGCAAAGCUUUCUCUUAAAAGUAAUAUAUGUUUUAUAUUAAUUUAACCUUAGAUCAAUAUGCAUAUGCAUUAUUUUUUUCCUUAGUGUUCUCCACUCAUUUUGUAAAGUUCUAAUGAGAAAAAGUUAUGUACCAAUCAAGCAUUAUCUUUAUCUUUGGUGACCAGUGUUCCUUUAAUUAUUUUGUCAUGAUGAGGAAAUAUUUCAUUCUUGACAUGAUUUUUAUACCAUCUUUGUUAUAGCGCUUGUUCAUUACUGACAAGAUUUUUUUUCAAAGGCUCAGCAGAGAGUGGCUAUCUAAAGAGCAUUCCCCCACCUUCAGCAGUCAGUGCUCUCAACUGUCUUCGUCAGCUCAUGCAAGAUGCCCUUCAAAAAUCAACAAGCAGAAAAACAUGGGAGCAGCCUCAUGGAACAGUUGUACAAGGACCCUUGUCUUGGAAACAACUUCAUCAUCUGGCAACUAAAGGUCAGUUUUAACACUGAAAAUUAGGGCAGUAUACAGUCAACUGCCUUUAUUGCAGACACUGUAGGGACUUACAGGUAGUGUCCUCGUUAGCUAGAGUCCAUAAUAGUAGUAGUUUAUUUCAGUCAAAUGUCUCGGGGAUUUAGCUGCUGUUUAUUUCAUCGAGGUGUCCAUUAUAGCAGGGUGUUGGCAAGGCCAGAGUUGACUGUAUAAAGUUCUCACACACAACUAGCAGCCAAGUCAAGCCAAACCACGCAGCCUAUUAACCUUUAUUACAACAAAACGUCACAAUAGACAAGUACAACAGUGAAAAAGUUCCCUAGAUUGCAUGCCAUGACAAAACAAAAGGUAAAAACUGAACAACUAACUACUGCAAUGAAAACUCCUGGGGAACAAAAGCUCACAAUGAAGGAGACACUUAAAUGUCCUCAAGAGGGAAUCACUAAAACUAUACCCAGCUUGAGGGGUGGGUGGGGAUUAGGCCAGGCAAUAACUAACAGCAACAAGAAAACUGUUACCUUACAGCCAACAUUGCAACUAGACCACCCCCCCCCCCCCCUGCACACUAUUACCCAGACACCCAGUUGUGUGUGAGAAAAACAAUUUCUGCUUCUUUUGUUCCUGCAUGGCCCUCGAUCCUUCCCUCACUUUGCUGGCCACUACUUAUCUUUCACCUACUGUACUUGGCUCAACUCUCGUACAUUGGAUUCUGCACUUACCUACCCUUGUCAUUUUCACAUUACUUUGAUUCUAUAAUAAUUAUACCUUGUUCUUUACCCCUCAGGUAAUGAGGAAAUGCCACGUUCACAGCCUAUUCCUUCUGUGACAGUGGGAUACAGUGGGGAUUGGAUGUCACUGUCUCCAAUUGCUCUGCAAUUUUGGGUAACUAAGAAUUAAAUUUAAAGCAAGCAGCAAUUAAAUGUGGUAAAUUUGAUCAGGCAACUUCGCUAUUAGCCUGAAAAACAGCUGACAUUUUGCGAUGCCAACAGCUAGAUUACCUUCAAAAUUAUGUGUGAGAAAUGAGCACAGAAAAUUCUGAACUUAUGAUGCAUCACUACCUAGAUCUGGAUAGUGCUUCUGAUUGGUCAUGCUGCAUGGGGAAUUUGCGUCAGCUAAUUAAUCAAAAGCACUACACAGAUCUGGGUAGUGAUAGUCAUCAGUAUGGAAUUUUUGCACUCGGGGGGGAAACCAGUGGUGGCCACACGAAAUGUUGGCUCUUUUCUCAGGCUGCCUCUUUACUAUACAUUCUUAAAAAAAUGUUAUAGGACUCUGUUGUGUUGAAAACAUUGAGCAUUUGCUAUUAUUGUUUAUGAUACACUGAUUGUUGUUUCUUUUUAUCACAGGAGAAGUUGUUGCUUGAACCUUACUCGUGUCAGCGUGAUGUGGCAUACAUUGUUGUGGCACCAGAAAAUGAUUUGGUGUUGAAUAAUGUAAAGAUGUUCUUCAAAGAGUUCAGUGCAGUUUAUGAGGUAUGGAUGAGUGAAAAUGAUUUUAAUAUUUUGUAUACUGUUCGGUCAGCACAAGUGUUUUUCAAACAUUGUGCUGACAAACAAGAUUAAAAUUCUGUUCAUUUCCAGUUUAUCUGCCAGUGUAGGUGUUGGCUAAAGAAACCUCUCCAGGUAGUCAAGUGUUUUGUAGUACAGUCCACCCCCACUUUAUGGACACCCGCUUAAUACGGACACUUCAUUAUUACGGACCGUUUCCCUUGUCCUUGGGGAAAGAAAGCCCUCACAUUUUCUCCAUUUAUUCAACCUGCUUAAUAUGGACACGCCAUUAACACAGCUGCUUUCUGUGGCCCCCUCAGUGUCCGUAUUAAUGAGGUUUGACUGUAACAAAACUGUCCUUUCUGUCUUUUCUUGUUUGUUUUGUAGACUUGUCGACUUGGACAGCAUGUUGCCAUCACUAAGGUGCUCAGAGAUGGGAUUCUGCGAAUUGGGCAAAAGUCAUUGAAACUUGUAAAAGAACAUGUUGAUGAGUGGUUCACCAAUCAAAGUAAUUUUUAAUUUUGUUGUUGUUGUUGUUGUUGUGUGUAUUAAAAAUUCCAGAAAAGUUAUAUAAUAGUAAUACAGUAAACACUCUCAAAGAUAAGCAGUGCUGGAAAUGAUUGUAGAAUGGUACAGACCAACUCUCUGUGUACAUUUGGGCAAGGUGUCCGUCUCACAGAAGGGCAAGAGAGUCAACUGUAAUCUAACUAAAUGUACAUGUGAGCAAACUAACUUUGUGUUUUCAUGUAUUUUAGGUGGUUCACCUGAUGGAGCAAAGCUUAAACUCUACGCUCAAGCUUUUAAACAUCAUUUGGGUGAGUUAAGGGAUAAGGAUUGCAUGAUAAUGGGUCUCCAGAAAGUUGUAUUCCGACUUCCUGGCCCCAGUUGUUCAAAAGAUAAAGAGCACUAUCCACUGGAUAAAUCAAUAUCCAGUUGAUAGCAUUAUUGGUUUUUCAUAAUACUUAAUAUCCAUUGGAUAACGAUUUAUCCGUUAGAAGCCCUAUCCAGCUUUUGAAAAACUGAGGCAUGAUGUAUGCAACAGUAGUUGCUGCCAUCGUGGAUGACAAAUUACAGAUCAAAACUAAUGUAUCAACCCUUUAAACCCUAAGAUCAAAAUUUGAAUUCUCAUUUGUUGCCCCUAUUCAUUUCCUGCAGAAGUAAUGGGGAGAAGUUGAUAAAAUAUCAGGCAAAUAUAUCUUGUGUGAUCAUGUCUGUAAUUCUCAUGACCACUCUGUUUUACAAAGUAUUGAUAUUACAAGGAGAAAUUUGAUGCCGAUCACUCUUAGGGCUAAAAGGGUUAAAUGGCUGAUAAUAAAUACUGACAGUUUUUAAUUGAGUUGAUGCAAUGAAUCGAAUAUUACUGGUAAAAGGAGGUAGUCACUUUGACCAUUUUGAUAUUGAACGUGUUCACAUAACUGAUGCUAUUUAUUUUGUUUAGGACCAUACCUUGCUUCCUUGAAUCUGGACAAACUAAUACUGGACUCAGAAAAGGAAAACAAACCAGAGGAUAAGAUAUCAUCCAAGUUUGGGAUGGACAGCACAGAAAGACUAGGAGCGGACGGUGGAAACAGAAAUGCAGGAAUCAGGUUUGUCUAUAAUUUUUAUUUUAUUUUCUUCCAUUAUGUUCUGUCCCUGGCAUGAAAGUGCAAAAAUGAUCAGUUUGAGUUUUUUUCCUUUUAAAUAGUGCAGUGAACUAAAUUCUUAGUUGGACCCCCCCACCCCCUGCCUGGGUGUGGAUUUCAUUUAAGAAAUGUAUGGGGAGUAGCUUUUACCCUCAUUCUCAUUAUGCACUAAUCGAUUCGUUGGUCCAAAAAAAAUCUUGGUGCAAAUUCUUAAAUCAGGCAUUGGCAACAUGUGAAAACCCUGCACUUACAAGGAGUCAAUUAGGUACAGAGAAUUAAGUGAAAUUCAGUUGGAACCCUUCAGUCACUAGUCUGAUUUAAAUCUCUAUACUGAAAACAUAAGUUCACCAUAAAUCCCCUAUUUUUUUGGAUGAGUGGGGAGUUAGUGCCAGGGUAUAAAUGGAUAAAGGAAUGGAUGAAUCACUUAUGCAUGCAUUUCAGUGUUUUUUCUUGUCAUUGUUGUUUCAGCUCCUCAUGAUUUGUUCUUGUCAUUUUAGUUUGGGAACUCCAACUUCCGAGCAAGCACCAUCGGCAUUUGGAGAUGAUGAUAACGAGCACAACAGUAAUGAGCCACCAACUGUUGUUGUUUACAUUGUCAAUCCGUUCACCACUAACUCAAGAGAUGAGAAUGUCCCUUCCUCUGUAGGGCUUCUGCGGUGCAUUGCUGAGAUUGCACCCGACCUUGCAGAAAGCAAAAAGAAUGUCAUCUUUCAGGUAUAAAAUUUUGCCCUUCUGCCCAGAAUUAGCCUGAGAGAAAAGCCGACAUUUUGAGAUGCCACCACUGGUUUCCCUGUGAAAUUAUUUCUCAGAAAAAGCACAGAAAUGCCUCACUGAUGACAUGUCUCUACCUAGAUCUGGCUAGUGCUUCUGAUUGAUUGAAGCACCUUUUUAGCCAAUCAGAUGCUCUACCCAGAUCUGGGUAGUGUCGUGUCAUCAGUAUGGAAUUUCUGCGCUUGUUUGUCAGACGUCAUUUUGCGGGGGAACCCGCAGUGGUGUUGCAAAAUGUUAGCUGUUUUCUCAGGUUAGCCCAGAAUUUACUUUUUACACUGUGUCUCCGGUAUGUCCACCUAAACUCUGGCCAACUGUAUGAAUGUUUUGUUGAAAGGUGAUGAUUUGUGGCAUAUACCUUUGACUGUUAUAGGUCACUAAGUUAAGUAAAAAAAUGAGGGCACCUGGGUGUUUUUAAUAAGGCCCUCAGUGAAUCCUGCUCUGAUUUUUCUUUCCCCCUCUGAUUUACCAAAUGUCCAAAAAAUGAAUGGAGAAUUUAGCUGUUUUUCAGAUGUCACAGGGCCUAAUUUCACACACACCCCCUUCAAAUGUAGUGAUGACUAAAAUUGGGGAGGAAGUAGAAAAAUGUUUGGGGUGGGCUUAACUGUAACAGCCAUAAUUUCAAAUUAAUAAUUUUUUUAACUUUGUAUUAUUUCUUUUUAGGUUGUUCCAAUUCAACAGAUUCUUCAAGUGGACACUCUGACUGGUAGUCGUGAUGCAGCUCUAACAUUCGUUACACAGCUGAAGCGCUUGGCUUUCUCAGUGUUUUCACGAUGUCGUAAGAGCUUACAGCUGAAUAUAAAUGCUAAAUCCUUAACAGGAUUUGGACCAGCUGCUAGACAUGAGGCUCUGUUUCGCCAGAGAGAGGUAAGAUUAACUUACCGGCAUCUUGCACAAGACUUAUUCUAGGUUUACAAGUACUCCAGAAAUAUAUCCAUGACUCCAACAAAGUUCUUAUAGGGAGUCGUUUUGGCUCCAGCUUUGGACCCAAAAAUGUUCAGCAGAAUUAUAUUUUCUACCAGCCACAAUUUUUAAACUGUUUGAAUCCUAGUGAAAGGAUACAAAGGUGUGUUGAAUAUGUAAAAUUUUCUUUCCAGCAGCUUCCCUAGAGUAGGCAUAAGGUAUGUCAUGUACGUAGCAUGAAGUGACUCUACAUUUGGAAAAAUGACUCCAUCAUUUUAGGAGGGGGACACAUCCUGACUUCAAAGAGUAAAGAGAUUUGUAAACCCUGAAUUAUUGGUGAACUUGAGCAAAGCAACCAAGCAAUAGACUAACUACACAAAAACAGACAAGAUUUAACUCACAAUACCAUGACAGAAUUAUCAACGUUAUGCUCAGGGUCUCUCUCUCUUUCUCAUAUCUUUCUCUUGCUCUUGGUUGUGCUCUGGGGAAAAGAAGGGAUGCCUUGGGAAUGAUUUUGUGGCGGUUUUUCAGUAACAGAAGAUGGAUCAAAAUGCACCACUUAUGAGCUCAUAGACCAAUCAGGUUAACCAUUCUAGUUUAAUGCUAUUGCAUGACAUGGAACAACUCAUUUUGACUUUGAUGAUGACUUCUGUAACAGUUGUUGUAAAUGUCAUUCACCGCCCACAUUCCUACUCUGGACAACACUAAACUUUCUCAUGUUAGUUUAUUUAGUUUAUUUAUUUAUUGCUCUCUCUGUCAAAGGGUUAUUGCUGUACAAAGGAAAAACUCAUGUACCUCAUUUUUGUAGGUGGAAAAUGCCAAAGUGUACUCUGCACCUUAUGUCUUGUGUCAGCCAAUACCUUUGCCACCAGUAGACACAGGAGAUGAGACUGCUGCAAGCUUGCUGGCUUCUGCUCAGAAUGCAUCUGUAUUGUAUUGUGGUUAUUGUCUCUCCCAUGAUGAUAACUACCUUCUUGCUGUUUGCACGGACAGUGUAGGAGAGUUGAUCGAAUCUUGUAUCAUAUCAGUUGAACCACCUCUAAGGCCUGACAACAGGCCACGGAGGACAGCAGCACGAACAAAGGCACUCAUAAAACUUUGGGAAUUUUGUCAAGGUGUUAUUGCAACAUCUCUUAUUCCUUGGAGGUUGGUGAUAACCAAACUUGGGAGGAUAGGCCCAGAGGAACUUAAAGGUGAGCAAAUUAUAUCCUGUUUUUCAGCCUUGGAUUACUUAUUAAUAAGUAGAUAACCUGAAAGGUACAUGGAUUCAGUAGCAGCUGAAUGCUUUCGCACUAUAAACAACAUGUUUACAUAUAUUUACAUUAAUUUUUAUAUUAUUACUUUUUGUUUGUAGACUGGAAAGAAAUACUGAGCAAGACGUCUGUGCUCGGUGGUGACCAGAUGUUUAAGGACACUUGCAAGUCUUGUUUCUCCAUGAAACACAAAAAUCGGCCGGCAAUAUUAGGAACCAGUCUUACUUCGCUGGAACCAGAGCCGUCAAUCAGACUAUACAUGGCAAGAGGUAAUUGCAAGGAUCAUACUUCAAAGUAAAUUGAAUGUCGUCUUUGUUAUCUGGUUACGGCUCCAAGUUAUAUGAUAGUGUGUCUGGUAAAUUUUGUUCAACUGCAGUAAUUGCACACUUAUUUUGACAAUUCUUUCAGUUCUAUAACCAGUUGAUUCAUAGUAAAUAAUAUAACAUAAUAUAUGUUACAGGUCAAAUUUGAUCUCAGGUUAAUUUUGAUUUAACCUAGGUCGACUCUCAAUUUAUGUUGUCCUCUAGCCGUAGUAGGCAAAGGAAAUCAAGGAUCAACCUAGGUUAAAAAUUUUUAACCUGAGAACAAAUUUGAUGUGUAACAGUGUUACAUGUAGCAAUAGGACAAUAGCAUGAUGAUGUCAUUUUAUUACAACUACCUACAUCCUUCAGUUUGUUGUUUUCUUCUGCAAAUUAGGGCUAUUGUUUUUUAAACCUCAGUGAGAUUGAGAAAAUUAAACAAGAAAGCAAAAGGAAAUGAAUUCUGGUAGUUGUAGUCAAAAUGUUGUCAUCAUGAAAAUGGCCUUUUGUCUCAACAAAUUCUCCUCGUCUUUGUAUUUCCAUCGUUACUACUUGCCUUUCUUGUACUCUUGCUGUGCUAUGCUACCAGGUCUUUUCCUCAAAGGCCAAAGACCUUGCUGGAGGCUUACUUUGGUUGAAACAUUGAACAUUUCUUUAAAUUUUGAAACCCUUUUUUUUCAGCUUUACCAAAGGUCACUGCCUUGUUUGAAGGAAGCAGCAACUCUCAAGUAUCUGUUGGCACUGUACCAAAACCAGAUGUAUCACAAACAUACAUUGCAGUAAUGCCAGUUUCAUCAAUGAAGUGUUCCAUUGGCAAAAUUUCCAACACCAAGUCACAUGCCUCACCUGACACAACAACUGAGACUGUUGUAACUGACACGGACAUUCUUUUGGCUGGAGUGGAUGAUGAUGAGAAUGAUCAAGACCCUCUGAGGCAUUUGUUUCCUUUGUUGAAUGCAUCACCACCUCCACUGUCUCCAACAAGCUGCAUGAUGCCAUCUCCACUGGAUUCCUCUCCUAUGCAGGGGACACCACCCUUGUCACGCCCACCAAAGCUUUCUGCUGCAUCACCUGCGAUGUCCGCACCCUCACCAUUUCAACCAAUUUCAAGACUUUCACCAUUUCAACCUUUACAUUCCACACCUUCACCGUCAAUGGCAAACACUACAACUGCAGAAUCCCAUGGGCAGGAAGGUGAAGACAGCCUUGCUGUCCCACAAGCGCAGGGGUACAUGAUAUCAACUGUGCAGACAGGAAAGAUGCCAGUGACGUUUUGGGCAAACUCUUCUCACUCAGAAACAAAUGAUCCUGUUAUGCUAAAGGUAAUGACUCAGUACAAUUUACUCUGUUGAAAUAAAUCUUGGUCAAAAGUGGAGACUGAAAUUCUUGUAGCAAACUAGAACAACAAUGUCUCUUGUAACAGAUGUCAUACAUGGGGUCACAUUACUUUCCUUUUUUGGUGAAGCUGUUAAUCAAAUCUUAAUUGACGUCAUUACCAUAGCUGUAACUAUAUUGGAUUUUAUUUCUUUCUCUGUUCAGGCUGCUCUUCACAUCCAUAAUCCAGACAUAAUGGAAGGAAUCAAUGGUUUUGUGACUUCGUGGCAUGCCCUAGCUACUAAGUCACCCUGUCAUGUGCUAAGGUUAGCCAAGUCUUCUUUUAACAUUUUGGGCAGUUAUUUUUAUGUUUCACCCAGUUUGGUGCCAAUUCCUACUGUUUGAAUUUUGACAAAUUUUCUGACACAGCUCCUUUAAUCAGGAAGAAACGUUUUAUAAUUGACAAGCCCAUCCUAUUACAGAUACAGUCAAACCCCUAUAUAAGUGGCUGGCCAGUUAUCAAAAUCCCCAAAUUAUUUUUUAAAUACUAUAGGUAAAACCCCUAUUAACCCUUUAAGCCUUAAGAGUGAUCAGCAUGAAAUUUCUUCUUGUAAUAUCAAUGCUUUAGAAAACAGAGUGGUCAUGAGAAUUGAGUACAUGAUCAGGGAAGAUGAGUCUAAUUGAUAUUUCAACAAAUUCUCCCCACUACCUCUAUUGAAAAAGGAUAGGGACAGUAAAUGAGAAUCUCAAUUUUGAUAUUAGGGUUUAAAAUGUUAAACGGCCACCCCUGUUAAGUGACCUUGGGCACCUUUUGGUCGUCCUGGUGAAGGUUUUUUAUUGUUUUUUACCCCUAUUAAGUAGCCACCCCAAAAUAAAUACGAGUGGUUUGGCUUUGUUUUUGAUAAGUUGAUGACAGAUAAGAGUGUGAAAUAGAAAGGGACAACUGAUAAAUACACGUUUAUUGUUCUCUUUACGUGAUAACAUGUGGCUAAGCAAUCAAACCAACCAUAAAAAUGCUCAAAAUAUAUGUGCAUACCUGGUUCAUGUUGAGACCUUGUCGCAGAAAUCUCUUAAAACUGGUAUUGUGCAAUUUUUGGACAUUUUGCAUGUAUUAUGUGCAAGAGAUGUUAAAAGUCUUUAACAUGCUUGCAUUUGAAUAAAUUGAUGUUUCAAGUAGGUUUCAGACCAAUUACUGAUGAACCCUUAUUAAAAUGUGUGGAUUAAUUGUGAGAAGGAAACUGAUGUUUGGUCACUGUUGGGUUAAUAUGGGUUUGACUGUAUGAUAUUAUGUUGAAAUACUGCUAAACAAAUGGACUGACAUAUGUGCAUAAUUAUUUUUAAAAUUAUUAUUAUUUUACUUAAAGGUCAAUACUACAGACAUAUGAUGCCCUGUCAUGGCUGACUGUGGAUCCUGUUUCCCGUGACAGACGUUCCUGUCUUCCUGUUCAUCUGUACAUGUUAUGCCAACUCCAUGACACACUUUCCGUUCUGUUGGAAAAUCAGUCUUCAUAGUUAUAAUUAGUACAAGAGCCAAGCUCGUGACACCAAGAGGUGUUAGUCAAAUGUUUAUUUUUAGUAAAAUGGAGCUAUUAAGUGCAACAUUUCCUGAGCUCUUAAAGAGUGUCUUAUUAUUUUGUGGUGGGAAUAGGGAUAAAAGGUCCAUUAUAAGUUUUUCAAGCCUAUAAAUAAUAAAUUAAUAUUAUUAAUUUAAUGAGACAGUACCUAAAAUGACUAUUCAAAAGAAGGAGUGAAUGUAUUCUUACAAAAUGCAUUUUUAUUUGUUGUAAGUUCUCAUCUAAGGAUUAGAAGUGUGUAUUAGGAAAUAGAAAGAUAAUAUCAUGGAAUUUCUUUGUACUUACAAGUAAAGUACUCUAAAUAUGUUGGUUUUCUCUCCAUCUGUUUAACAAUCUCCUCUAUUAUUAUUUACUUUGUUUAUUGUUAUUUAAAAAGCUCAGAGCUUAUUAAGGAAGGCAUUUUUUGUAUCAGAGGCUUUUUACAGGUUUAUCUGCUCUAGUUCCUUUUAGUACUACUAAAUAAAAGUAAUGUAUUCGAUAUUUUAUUUCCAUCCUGCUUUUGAGAACUUUGAAUCCGAUAGCUCACGGGUAGAAUUUGUCGUAUUACAAAGCUGCUAGAUUAUAGUAUUUCAGUUGUUGUCUUAAUUGUUUAUUAUGAGCUUUUGACUUUCAAUAACCAAAGAACAGAAGCGGUUUUGUCAGUGUGUACCUUCCUUGUGCUUUUUUUUCUCCUUCUAAAAUUUUACCUAAUAAUUUAAACACCUUUAGUUAGUUAGUUCUGAAUGGUCACUAACUGUAAAUGCUACAAUUGACUAAAAUUGCUCUAACUGGUUCCUUUGAUGAUAAUUAAGCGUCUUUGUCAUGUUAAUUACUUGGCACAGAAAUGACCUCAAGGGGAACAUUGUUCAAAUCAUAGUAUCUUUGGUCUCUCAAGAAGACAAAUGCCUGCUUAAAUAAGUAAAACAGUUACACAAGUGUAUUAAUUUUUUUAGGAUGACAGGUUUGGGUUGCAGCUUGUCAAUGGAUGUUGCACUGUUUUAGCUAAGAGAACUGUUGGAAAGUAUUUUAGAUCACAAGAAUUUUAUACCAAUUCUGAGAAUCUAAUAAGCUA